AUGCCGAGCAAGAGAAGAACUCGUCUCAAGAUUCUGACCGCUACAUAUGGACGAGACAUCUAUUUACGGUGGGGACGUAAAGCGAGAUUGACGCUCCCAGACGGCCUCAUUCGAUGGAAAAUCACCGAAAAUGAGAAAUUCCCCAUUGCACUAUGGGAGACCGCGUCCGGAAAGACACAAAUCAGGUUGUACACAGUAAUUUUGAAACCGAAGAACUCAACUGGACUUCUCAAGGCGCCACGGUUUGCGCGCGAGUUGUGGGCGGGAUCACACGCUGUGCUCAUCUUUUCUCCAGCCGCAGCUGAGGCUCGCUCCAGUCCAGUCGAGCACUCCAUCGCCGGAAGGCUACCGGAGCUUUACACACUUCUUGACUGA